AUGAAAUGUUCUUGCCUGUACAACAUCGCCCUGCUUGCCUCCACGGCGCUCUCCCAACAUGCCCAGGUCCCGUUUGACUCCGGGAAGACCAAGCAAUCCUCCGAUCAGCCAAAGCCCAUAACCCCCGGAGUCAUCAGAGAUCCCUAUUUGGUGGCUAACACGACAUAUGACUAUGUGAUUGCCGGAGGUGGCCUCACCGGUCUGACUGUCGCCGCUAAACUGCUAGAGAAUCCAAGCACGAACUUCACCGUCUUGGUCAUCGAAAAUGGCUUCUAUGGAUCCGAGUACGGCCCAAUCAUCGAUGAUCUAAACACCUACGGUCAAAUCUUCGGUAGCAGCGUGGACCAUGCCUAUGAGACGAGUCCGCAAAAGGUCAACAACCGCGUGGAAGUCAUCCGAUCUGGUAACGGCCUGGGAGGAUCGACUCUCAUCAACGGAGGAACAUGGACCCGUCCGCACAAGGUCCAAGUUGACUCGUGGAGUAAGGUCUUUGGAAACACGAAGUGGACAUGGGAUGAGCUCGAUCAGUACAUGAAAGAGAUUGAGAAGCCCCGCGACCCUACCAGGGACGAGACCGUUACAUCUGGUGCUUGGCAUACUUAUAAUCCCAAAUGUCACAACGAACACAAUAGUACCGGUCGAGUAUCGGUCGGUGCUCGUGACCGAGAUCGAAAUUGGUCCCAGGUCAUCCCGGCUCUCAUGCGCACCGUCAACCACACCUAUCCCGAUGCACCAACCCAACAAGAUCUCUGUUGCGGCAAUCCCCGAGGUGUCUCGAUGUUUAUGAAUACCUUGACUGCCAAACAGGUUCGAACAGAUGCGGCCAGAUCGUGGCUGGGUCCGGUUCUGGAAAACAAAACGACGAGGAAUCGCAUCACUGUCUUAACUGGACAAAUUGCCGGGAAGGUGAACCUCGAGAAGAAGAAGGACCCGAAGGGUCUGUACAAAGCUACGGGCGUGGAAUAUGGUGUCCAUAACAAGGAGGACUGGCGAUGGAACGUGACGGCUAAACAGGAAGUGCUUCUUGCUGCCGGUUCAUCCAUCUCUCCGUUGAUCCUCCAAUAUUCCGGAAUCGGGCCUAAGCAAGUGCUCGAACAGGCCAAUGUAACACAGAAACUCGAUCUCCCCGUGGGCUUGAAUCUCCAAGACCAAACUACCACCAACGUUCGAUCCGAAGUGACUGCCCAGGGAAAUGGUCAGGGGCAAGCGGCCUUCUUCGCUACCUUUGCUGAAGUCUUUGGACCCGAUGCAAAGGAAUACGAAGGUCUCUUGAACAACGACGAUAACCUGAAUAAAUGGGCGGAACAAACCGUCGCUGGUGGUGGUUUCCACAACAAAACACUACUCCUUAAGCAGUAUCAGAACUACCAGGAGUGGCUUCUUAAGGACAAUGUCACCUACGCCGAACUCUUCUUAGAUACUGACAACCGCAUAAACUUUGACCUCUGGGAUCUUAUCCCCUUCACUCGUGGAUACGUGAAAAUUCUCGACAAAGACCCGUACCUCCGCAGCUUCGAGUAUAACCCCCGAUAUUUCGAGAAUGAACUGGAUGUUGCUGGCCAGGCCGCCGCUUCGAGACUAGCGCGCACGUUGUCUCGAACACACGAGAUGGCCAAGUACACUGGGAACGAGCUUAUCCCAGGUCAUCUCCUGCCGAUGGAUGCUACACUGAACGAUUGGAAGCAUUACGUCAAACAGAACUACCGUGCCAACUACCACGGUGUUGGUACGUGUUCGAUGAUGUCGAGGGAGCAAGGUGGUGUGGUCAAUCAGAAGGCACAGGUGUACGAUGUUGAUGGGCUCCGUGUUGUCGACGGCUCGAUUCCCCCAACGCAAGUUUCUUCGCAUGUUAUGACGGUGUUCUACGGAAUGGCUGCCAAGAUUGCACAGGCAAUUAUCGAUGACUACGAAGGCUAG